AUGUUUGUCUUAGGCUCUUCUGGAAACAUUUAUGUACUUGUGAUUACUGCCUUGUCACCCAGGCCAGCAGGUUCCCUGUGUAUCAAUGUCAUAAAUCUUGCUUUGGCUGAUCUACUUUACCUUUUAACUAUUCCUUUUGUUCUAAGUACCUACCUGGCCCAAAACUGGUACUUUGGGGAUAUAGGAUGCAGAGUUCUUUUAAGCAUGGACCUAUUAACCAUGCAUGCUAGCAUCUACACCCUCACUGCGAUGAGUCUACAGAGAUAUCAGGUAAUUGUGCGACCUUUUAAGGCACAUAUUACCCAGUGCCACCAAAAGGUAACAAGUCUGGCAAUCUGGCUUACAUCAUUUUUUUCUCACUUUACCAAUGAUAUGUAUGAUACAGCUACAGGACAGCCAUUAUGGAUCUGGCAAGAAGAUUUGCUUUCCCACGUGGACACAAGAUUCAUUCAGAAAUUACUUAACGGUUCUUUUCUGCACCAGCAUACUAGGUCCUGGCUUCAUCUUAAUAUAUAUCUAUAG